AUGGGAACCCGUGAAGCUGAGAGUGUGCCUGCGGAUUCCGCAUUCAAGCUUGAUGAUUUGGAAGCUGAAUACGAUUUAUACAAGGCCAAUGAACAGUUAGAGGAUAAUGAAGUUACUGUAAAUGGAUCGGAAGACGACUAUGGUAAUAAGAAGGGAAUAGAUCUGGUCAAGGAGACCGAAGUGAGAUACUAUGGAUCACCAGGUCCCGAGGCGAUUGGUGGAAAUAUUCCAGGUUUCGAAGAGUCUACAGUGUCUGUGAAAGAUUACUAUAACCAAUUCAUACGUGAAAAAUUGACUUUAAAUAGUGCUGGAAGCUAUGUCUAUUCUUUGUUCCCAAUUGUUAAAUGGUUCCCACAUUACAAUCUUACUUGGGGUUAUGCGGAUUUGGUCGCCGGUAUCACUGUUGGUUGCGUGUUAGUGCCACAGUCGAUGUCAUACGCACAAAUUGCUUCUUUGCCUCCACAAUAUGGGUUGUAUUCCUCAUUUAUUGGAGCUUUCAUUUAUUCUCUGUUUGCUACCUCUAAGGACGUUUGUAUUGGACCAGUGGCUGUUAUGUCUUUACAAACAGCCAAAGUUAUUGCUCAAGUGUCUGCCAAGUAUCCAGAGAAUGAUCCUAUUGUGACUGCUCCAGUUAUCGCCACUGCACUGUCUUUGCUAUGUGGUAUCGUUGCCAUAGGUGUUGGUUUGUUGAGAUUGGGAUUCCUGGUUGAACUUAUCUCUUUGAAUGCGGUUGCCGGCUUCAUGACUGGUUCUGCUUUCAACAUCUUAUGGGGUCAAGUUCCCGCUUUAAUGGGUUACAGUAGCAAAGUUAACACAAGAGCUUCCACUUACAAAGUUGUCAUCGACUCUUUAAAGCAUUUGCCAGAUACUAAAUUGGACGCUGUGUUUGGAUUGGUUCCUUUAUGCCUUCUAUACUUGUGGAAAUGGUGGUGUGGUACUUACGGUCCUAAACUUGCUGAUAGGCAACUAGCUCACAGUCCAAAGAAACAAAGAAUUUUGAAACGUUUCUACUUUUACUCAAAUGCAAUGAGAAAUGCGGUUAUUAUCAUCGUAUUCACCGCUAUCUCAUGGCGUAUCACUAAAAAUAAGGACAAGGAACAUAGACCCAUCAAGGUGCUUGGUACUGUGCCAUCCGGUUUGGAAGAUGUCGGUGUCGCAAAGAUCCCAGAAGGUUUGCUCGCAAAGAUGGCUCCUGAUAUCCCUGCAUCCAUCAUUGUUUUGCUACUGGAGCAUAUUGCGAUCUCAAAGUCGUUUGGUAGAAUUAACGACUACAAAGUUGUCCCUGACCAAGAAUUGAUCGCCAUUGGUGCUACAAACUUGAUCGGUACUUUUUUCAACGCUUAUCCAGCUACUGGAUCUUUUUCGAGAUCUGCCUUAAAGGCUAAGUGCGAAGUGCGUACACCUUUCUCAGGUGUUUUCACUGGUUGUUGUGUUUUGGUGGCAAUCUACUGUUUAACUGAUGCUUUCUUCUUUAUUCCUUCUGCUACACUAUCUGCUGUUAUCAUUCAUGCGGUUUCCGAUUUGCUAGCUUCUUACAAGACUACAUGGAAUUUCUGGAAGAUGAACCCACUGGACUGUUGUGCCUUUAUCGUCACGGUCUUGAUUACCGUUUUCUCAUCGAUUGAAAACGGUAUCUAUUUCGCCAUGUGUUGGUCCUGUGCCAUGCUAUUGCUGAAACACGCAUUCCCAGCUGGGCAAUUUUUGGGCCGUGUUGAGGUCGCCGAGGUGAUCAAUCCAACUGUUGUUGAAGAUGUUGAGGCCAUCAGUAUUAAUGAUCAAAUCGAAGGUUCAGUUGGAAAAUCAAAGAGCUUGAAAGCUGACAAGGGCGCUAUCAGCGCUUCUUCUGGUUCCAAUUACAAAUUCCAUUCUAAAUGGGUUGCCGAACAAUACGCUUACAAUCGUGAAUUAAAUCCCGAUGUUAAGAUACUCCCACCACCACCAGGUGUCGUUGUUUACAGAAUGAGUGACAGUUUCACAUAUAUCAACUGUUCAAGACAUUAUGAUACCAUCUUUGACCACAUCAAGAAGCACACAAGACGGGGUCAAUUGCUACACCUAAGGAAGAAAUCUGAUCGUCCAUGGAACGAUCCUGGUGAAUGGGAAAUAUCACCAUCAAUAAAGAAAUUUUUCAAACUAGGCAAGAAAAAUCAAAACGACAUAGAAUCGCAGGACGAGGACGUUGCAAUUGACAAUACAAGAGAUGAAAGACCUUUACUGAAGAUAAUCUGCCUAGAUUUUUCACAAGUUGUUCAAGUCGACUCUACAGCAAUCCAAUCUUUAGUUGACUUGAGGAAAGCAGUUCACAAAUACGCUGACAGACAAGUCGAGUUUCAUUUCACAGGCAUAAUAUCCUCAUGGGUCAAGAGAAGUUUACUAAGUAUGGGUUUCGGUACGGUGAACGCAUCUUACAGCGAUGAAUCAAUUAUUGCAGGUCAUUCAAGCUAUCACAUCGCCAAAACUACAAAACCACUAGCCGACGAUUUUACAACUGACAGUAGCGGAUCUUCACAGCUUCAACAGUCACAAGAAAUAUACGCAGCUACAGGUACCAAUAUGCCUUUCUUCCACCUCGACAUCCCAGACUUCUCCAAGUGGGAUCUCUGA